GAGUGGGAUAGACGGGAGAGAAAGAGCCGCUCUGGCCGUGACCGGGCAAAAAAAUAGGUAUAAAUACACGUAUUAGAUAUAGAGUUUUAUUGAGAAAGCUUUUUUGGUUACUGCGCGUGAACGUGUGAAAGGGAAGCGUGAGCGUCUUUUGUCGGUUUAAACUUCUAACUGAGUGCGGAUUUAAAUGAACAAUCCGGUUUGAAUGGAUUGCAUUUCUCGCCGCUCCCCCCUGACAGAGGGACAAUCGGAGGAGCACACGGACUGGAAACACUGCGAGGGAAGAUAAAUAUAUAUCAUUUUUCUCAGAAAUCGCAUGACUCGCUUGUUGUUGUUUUUUUUCUGUAUUCACGUUUGUGCGCUAGUUUACGAUAACUAGCAUCGGCUAGCUGUAAACACAACAGGGUAUUUGCUUGUUUUCGUUCAUAGUUUUGUUUUAUUGUUAUUAGCUUGGAGUCUCCUUUUUUUUUUUUUUGGAUACUUUAAGCUCACGUGGUGUCGCCACUGUCCCACCAAAAGGCGCCGAGAUUGGGCGAAUAGCGAGCAAAUACGUCCGCGUUUCUCUGCCAGCGCCCCCGCCGGCCUCCCUCCCUCGCUCCCCGGCGCCGACCUCAGGAAAACCCGAGGUCGCGUCACCGCAGGCCCGGCCCGACCCGUGCAGCCGCGAUCCGUCGCACUUGCAUCCUCCUUUCGCUACGGAACCCGAACCGGAUCAAGCCGAGGGAAACCAAGACGAAGACGGCAAUAGUGAGGUAACAAACAUGAACCAUCACCACCACCAUCAGACGCAACAGCAGCAACAGAAAGCCGGCGAGCAGCAGCUUAGCGAGCCCGAGGACAUGGAGAUGGAAGCUGGGGACACGGAUGAUCCCCCGAGAAUCCCUCAGAAUCCGGUCAUCAACGGGAACGUGGCAAUGGCCGACGGACACAACAACACAGAAGAAGACAUGGAGGACGAUACGAGCUGGCGUUCCGAGGCCACCUUCCGCUUCGUGGUGGAGCGCUUCAGCCGGCUCAGCGAGUCGGUGCUCAGCCCAUCGUGCUUCGUAAGGAACCUGCCAUGGAAGAUCAUGGUCAUGCCUCGCUUCUAUCCCGACCGGCCUCACCAGAAAAGCGUCGGCUUCUUCCUCCAGUGCAACGCCGAGUCAGACUCCACGUCAUGGUCAUGUCACGCUCAAGCCAUGCUGAAAAUCAUAAACUACAAGGACGACGAGAAGUCGUUCAGCCGACGCAUCAGCCACCUGUUCUUCCACAAGGAAAACGAUUGGGGUUUCUCCAACUUCAUGUCAUGGAGCGACGUAACCGACCCAGAGAGAGGCUUUGUGGAAGACGAUAAGGUCACCUUUGAAGUUUCUGUCCAGGCCGACGCUCCUCAUGGUGUGGCCUGGGAUUCAAAGAAGCAUACUGGGUAUGUAGGAUUAAAGAACCAAGGAGCCACGUGCUACAUGAACAGUCUGCUGCAGACGCUCUUCUUCACCAACCAGCUCCGGCGGGCGGUGUACAUGAUGCCCACUGAGGGCGACGACUCCUCCAAAAGCGUUCCCCUUGCACUUCAGAGGGUCUUCUACGAACUCCAGCACAGCGAUAAGCCCGUCGGCACGAAGAAACUCACCAAGUCUUUCGGGUGGGAGACGUUGGACAGUUUCAUGCAGCAUGACGUCCAGGAGCUGUGCAGAGUGCUCCUGGACAACGUCGAGAACAAGAUGAAGGGGACGUGCGUGGAAGGUACCAUCCCAAAGCUCUUCAGAGGAAAGAUGGUGUCCUACAUCCAGUGUAAGCAUGUGGAUUACAGAUCUGAGCGAAUAGAGGAUUACUACGAUAUCCAGCUGAGCAUAAAGGGAAAGAAAAACAUCUUUGAAUCAUUUAAAGAUUACGUGGCUGUGGAGCAGCUCGACGGGGAUAACAAGUACGAUGCGGGGGAGCACGGCCUACAGGAAGCCGAGAAGGGAGUGAAGUUCCUCACGUUUCCUCCCAUCCUGCACUUACAGCUCAUGAGGUUCAUGUACGACCCCCAGACCGACCAAAACAUCAAGAUUAACGACAAGUUUGAGUUUCCCGAUCAGUUACCGCUGGACGAGUUCCUACAGAAGCCGGACGUGAAGGACCCGGCCAACUACAUCUUGCACGCCGUGUUGGUGCACAGCGGAGACAACCACGGCGGCCACUACGUCGUCUAUCUCAACCCCAAAGGAGACGGCAAAGUGAGUGUCACGGAGCCAAUAUGGUGCAAGUUCGACGAUGACGUCGUUUCCCGAUGCACUAAAGAAGAGGCCAUCGAGCACAACUACGGCGGCCACGACGACGACCUCUCCGUUCGCCACUGCACCAACGCCUACAUGCUGGUCUACAUCCGAGAGUCCAAGCUCAGCGAGGUGCUGCAGCCGGUCACAGACAUGGACAUCCCUCAGCAGCUGGUGGAGAGACUGCAGGAGGAGAAGCGGGUGGAGGCACAGAAACGGAAGGAGCGCCAGGAAGCUCAUCUCUACAUGCAAGUGCAGAUGGUGACAGAGGACCAGUUCUGCGGGCACCAGGGCAAUGACAUGUACGACGAGGAGAAAGUCAAGUACACCGUGUUCAAGGUGCUGAAGAGCUCCACCCUGGCCGAGUUCGUGCAGAACCUCUCUCAGACCAUGGGUUUCCCACAGGACCAGAUGCGGCUGUGGCCCAUGCAGGCCAGGAGCAACGGCACCAAGCGGCCGGCCAUGUUGGACUACGAGGCAGACUGCAACAAGUCUAUGAUCGACUUGAGCGACAACGAGAACCCCUGGACAAUAUUUUUGGAAACGGUAGAUCCAGAAAUGGCGGCCAGCGGCGCGACGUUACCCAAGUUCGACAAAGACCAUGAUGUCAUGUUAUUCUUGAAGAUGUAUGACCCAAAAACCAGAAGCUUAAAUUAUUGUGGACAUAUCUACACACCUAUAUCCUGUAAAAUACGAGACCUGCUGCCCGUCAUGUGUGAAAGAGCAGGGUUUCAGCAGGGAACUAGUCUUAUCCUCUAUGAGGAAGUUAAACCGAAUUUAACAGAGCGGAUACAGGACUACGACGUCUCCCUGGAUAAAGCUCUGGACGAGCUCAUGGACGGAGACAUCAUUGUUUUCCAGAAGGAUGACCCAGAAAACGACACCAGUGAGCUGCCAACGGCAAAAGACUACUUCAGAGACCUGUACCACCGCGUCGACGUCAUCUUCUGUGACAAAACCAUCCACAACGACCCAGGCUUCGUCGUUACACUAUCCAACAGAAUGAACUACUUCCAGGUGGCAAAGACUGUUGCGCAGAGGUUAAACACUGACCCCAUGCUCCUACAGUUCUUCAAGUCACAGGGGUACAGGGACGGCCCGGGCAACCCACUCAGGCACAACUACGAGGGAACUCUCCGAGACCUGCUGCAGUUCUUCAAACCACGGCAGCCCAAGAAGCUCUACUACCAACAGCUCAAGAUGAAGAUCACAGACUUUGAAAACCGAAGGAGUUUCAAGUCCAUAUGGCUCAACAGUCAGUUUCGGGAGGAGGAGAUCACACUAUACCCAGACAAGCAUGGCUGUGUUCGAGACCUUCUCGAUGAAUGUAAAAAGGCAGUGGAGCUCUCAGACAAAGGCUCGGAGAAGCUCAGGCUGUUAGAAAUCGUAAGCUACAAAAUUAUCGGGGUUCACCAAGAGGACGAACUGCUAGAAUGUUUAUCUCCUGCAGCCAGUCGGACGUUCAGAAUAGAGGAAAUCCCUCUGGACCAGGUCGACCUGGAUAAGGAGAACGAGAUGUUGAUUCCAGUUGCACAUUUCCACAAGGAGGUCUUCGGGACUUUUGGAAUUCCGUUCUUGUUAAAGAUCCGUCAGGCCGAACCCUUCAGAGAGGUGAUGAAGAGAAUCCAGAGCAUGCUGGAUAUCCAGGAGAAGGAGUUUGAAAAGUUUAAGUUUGCAAUCGUGAUGAUGGGCCGGCACCAGUACAUCAACGAAGACGACUACGAAGUGAACCUGAAGGACUUCGAGCCACAGCCGGGAAACAUGUCCCACCCGAGACCUUGGUUAGGGCUCGACCACUUCAACAAAGCGCCGAAGCGAGGGCGCUACACAUACCUGGAGAAGGCUAUCAAGAUCCACAACUGACACGCUCUGUCUCCGCCCUAACCUCUCCUAAUUAAAGACUCUAACCAGAAGUUGUGUGUGUGUGUGUGAGUGUGAGAGUGUGUAUGCGCGCACCACUUUUUACCACCUGCCCUGCGGUUACACAGGCCCUGCCUAUGAAGUCUUCAGCAAACCAGAGUUCCUGCUCAUCGUUUUUCUUUCUUUUGUUCCUUUAUUUUCCUCCUCCCCCUUUAGAAGCUCUUCGAUUCGACUUCAGUCGCUUGUUUUGUUUUUCUUUUUUGUCUGGGAGAAUGAAUUGCAUUUUAACAAACGGGGGAACAGAAUGAACUUUCUAGACAGGUUCUUUUUGUUUGUUUGUUGUUGUUGUUGUUUUUUUCAGUUUUGGUUUUGUUUUCCUUUUUAAUUUUCCUUUUUAAAGAAUUGCUACGGCAUGAGAGCUGCUGCGUGCAUAAUAGCGAGGGAGGGAGAAGGAUGGACGAACAGACGGAUGGAAAACUUUGGCCAUUUACCCUUGUUAAAGGACGAAA